AUGGAGGUCGCGUGGAGCCAGCUGCGGGAGGAGGCGCGGCGCCUGGCGCAGGACAUCGGCCAGUCCGGGCGCGAGCACCACUCGCUGGCCAACAGCCGCGCCGUGUGGGACGCUAUCCGCGCGCAUGGCGUGCCGCCCGAGCACCGCGAGUGGGCCUGGCCCAUCCUGCUGCACGACCAGAGUAUGAAGCUGCAGCGGCAGAGCGAGGGCAGCGCCACCUACAGUCAGCUCCUACAGGGGAUGAAGGAGGAUUUACAGGAGAAGACGGACGCGGAGACCAGCAGCUCGCUGGACCAGGCGCAGGAGGAAGCCAUGGAGAGAUUCCACCACCUGAACCCCUUCCAGGAGCGCAAAAUCCGACGUAUUCUACUGGCCUACGCCAAGUCGAAGGAGGCGUUCUACUACUGCCACGGGAUGGUGGAGUCGUGCGUCGUGCUGAGCACGUUCUUGGUGGAGGAGGACGCCUUCUGGGGCUUCCGGAUGCUGCUGGAAACGCUGCUGCCAAAGUAUUUUGACGAAUCGGUUGUGGAUUUCCACACGGACUGCCUCGUGCUGCAGGAGUUGCUGCGUGUGCAUGACCCACAGCUCAGUGACCAUUUUGCGAUGCUUGGAGUGUCGAUUCAGCUGCUGUGCACGAAGUGGUUUUUCUCGUUUUUCGCCGAGUCCAUGCCGUUCGACGUGGUGUGUCGACUCUAUGAUAUUAUGUUUGUGGAUAUCUGCAGUCGGCAAAUGAGCUCGAAGAUUAUUUUCUCAACGUCGCUGGCAGUAUUGUUGUAUUUAAGCUCGGCGCUCGUGGAGAUCCAGGAUGUGAACGUGGUGCUGGAGGUUAUCAAUGAGUUUUGCUGGACGACACUGAACGAAUAUUCGGUGGCGGAGUCUUUCUUGGAUCUGAUCAUGUUCGUGCACGAACAAAUUGACGACAACGAGUUGGCUGGGCUGCGUCAAAAGUACCGAGCCCAGCUAGCGCAGGAGGAGGAGCAGCGGAAGACUUUGCAGCGGAAAAUUCAGACGAAAAAAAAUAGCAAAAAGAUGAAGCUGGAGAAAGAGGGAUCCACCGAGCAACAGGAUCAGCCGCGUAAAGGCCGAAUCCACGGUAUCAAAUUGCUUAUUCAGUGGAAGAAGCACAUGGUCGAUGACACCGAUGCCCCUUCGGGCCUCUCAAAAAGAAGAAUUAGCAGCAGAGACGCGCAGCCGUGA